GUACAGUAGUCGAUGGACUGUCAGUUAUCUUUCUGUGGUUAUGUUGACCUCAGUUUUUUGACAUUCGAGUUUUCAAAAUUAUGUGUGUUAAGACAGAUAAAAAAAAUUGCAGAAGCGUUUCAGAUUUUGAAAACUGAGACUUCAGAAUUGAUACAUGUGUGCCCUGAUGUCCCUGUACUUAGUGUUGAUGAGACUUUGAGAACUGAUUGGCCUUUUCGCUUUUAUAGAGUGGCUCAAAAUUAUCCUGUUGUUAUAAGAGGGGGUUACAAACAUUUUUCAGCAGUAUCAAAAUGGAAUUCACGAUAUUUCUUGGAUACCAUUCCAAAUAAAGAAGUGACAGUUGUUGUCAAAAUUUUGAAGCAAAGUGAAUUAAGAAAAACAAGAUUAAAUCUACAAAAAAAUAAGCUGAAAAAUGUUAAUUUACUGAAUUCGCUGAGGGUAUUAAGCCAGUCUUUGCCUAUUACUCUCCUAACUCCUUAGGUCAAGAUACCCAAGAUAUUGAAUCUUCCCAGAUGUGCCGAGGUACCGUAAAUAGAUUUGUGGUGAUUUAAACCAAAUUCCAUGCCUUAUUCUCCUAUACACCAAUCAGUCAUAAAAGUUGGUAACGUGGAAAAAUGGUCAAUUUUACCCCUGAAUUUUAGUAAUUUUAGGACGGUUUUAAUAAUAAAGUUUUUAAUAACUAGUCGUGUUUUUUAGUGUUUGAAAGUGUGUUAUAAAUAAAAUAUUCACUUCCAAUCUUGUGCAGAUGAAUUUGUGUUUAUGGAGAUAUAUAGAAAUUU